UCUGCCAUACCCACUGGAUGGAAAGUAGAUCCCAGUGCUGUCCUCCGGUGUUUGGAGAGUCAUCACCUCUUCUCAAAGGCUGAAGUCUGCGUCGCCAACAAGCUGCCACAUUUACAGAGCAGGACGGGGCCUGAGAACAUGUGGGCCAUAAUUGCAGUCAUGGUGCUUUUUUCCGAUGGCAUCAGCGACAUCCAAAAGCUGAUGGCGUGUCUGCAGAGACCCUGCUCUACCCUCUCUGUGGUGGACGUGACGGAGACGCUUUACUGCAUAGCCACGCUGCUGCACGCCAUGAGAGACAGGAGCAUUGCCAUCACGAACAGGAUCCACUACAAUAUUUUCUACUGCUUAUAUCUGAUGGAAAAUUCUUCUGUAUCUAUGCAGACAGUAGAAGAGGAAACACUGGCAUCAUGCUGCAGACAAGACUUAUGGUCUGGUAGUUGGCCUGAAGUAAAGCUGACCCAUGAACAGCAAAGGAUUUUGAAUCACAAAAUUGAGCAUGGUCAAAUAGUGAAAAUUAUGGCAUUUGCAGGUACAGGAAAGACCUCAACCUUGGUCAAGUACGCGGAGAAGUUUGCUGAUCUGAAUUUCCUUUACGUGACGUUUAACAAAGCUGUUGCAGAGAGAGGAAGAAGUGUCUUCCCCAGAAACGUUACGUGCAGGACUUUCCACUCGUUAGCGUUUGGAAGUGUUGGCAAACACUAUAAAGAAAAAGGCAAGCUGAACUUCUCCAAGCUGUCGGUUUACUCCCUGAGUUUCCUUCUCCACAACCGCGAGGGACAGUCUCUGUUCAUAAGAGCAAAAACGGUCUCGCAGACCCUUGAGAACUUUUUUGCCUCUUCAGACGAAGAGAUCUCUGAAGAGCACACUCCUAUUUGGUUCAAAAAUACUCAUGGCCAGAGAGCACUUGUCAGUCAAGUAGAAAAAGAGAUCAACGUGAAAGAGGCCAAAGAGAUUUGGCACAACAUGAAGAAGCUGGAUGGAGACGUAGAGAAGAAAUACAAGAUAACUUGUGAUGGGUAUUUGAAACUUUGGCAGCUCAGCAAGCCUCAGCUCUCAGGAUACGAUGCCAUUUUUGUCGAUGAAGCACAGGACUGCACUCCAGCCAUCGUGGAUGUUGUGCUGUCACAGACAUGCGGCAUAAUCCUCGUGGGAGACCCUCACCAGCAGAUCUAUACCUUCCGAGGUGCUGUCAAUACCCUCUACUCGGUGCCUCACACCCACGUCUACUACCUCACCCAGAGUUUCAGAUUUGGUCCUGAAAUAGCUUAUAUUGGAGCAACCAUUCUGGAUGUCUGCAAGAGGAUCAGGAAUAAGACGUUAGUGGGUGGAAACCAAAAGGGUGAUGUGAGAGGCAGCAUGGAAGGGAAGAUAACAAUCUUAUCACGAAGCAAUUUUAACGUGUUCGAGGAUGCUGUGAAACUUACUGGGAGAGAAAGACCGAUUAAAAUACACGUGAUUGGG